CCAGUUUUCUCUCUCCCUCCCUCCCGAACAGCCACGCUCUCCUCUACCUCUCUCCAUACACAUAUAUUUAAGUGAGAGAGAGAGAGAGAGAGAGGGAGAGAGAGAGUUUAAGUAAAAGAGGGAGAGUUUAAGUGACUGAGAUAAGUGUGUGUGCGUUUGUGUGUGCGUGUCGGAGCUAUUUUGCCUUAAGUGGGAGUCUUGUAAGUGUGUUGAAGUAAGUGGUGGCGUGAGUGAAGAGAGUGUUGUUGUUGUUGUUGUUUGUUUGUUUACUUUUCGCUACUUUUCAUAUUUUGUAAGUGAGUGUGUGUGUGUGUUUCACUUAAGAGCCCAGAAAAGUUACUUAAGUGGUUUGUAAAGUUGUUUUCUACAGUUUAAGUUUAAAGGAUUAAAAAGAAAAGAAAAUUGAAAUAGAAGGAUAAUAAAUGGAGAAAGAAAGAUAAAAAAGAAAAUAGAGAGAGAGAGAAAGAAAGAAAAAUUACAUGAAAAAUUAAGCAAAAAAAAAAAAGUACAAGAAUAAACUAAAGAAAAGGAAAAGAAAAAAAUAAAAAUAAACCAAAAUAGAAAAAAAAUAAGAAGAAAAGAAAAAAAAAUAAGCAAAAACCAAAAAUACAAAAGUCUCCCAUAAAAAAAAAACAAAGAAAAUGGAUUACGAAGAAAACGCGUUACUGAACAUCUUAGAAAACGAGGAAGUGGAACUGCGUAUGGGAGUGUGUAGGAGCGUGAACUUCUCCUAUAGGUACCACCAGGAGUAUUGUGAUGGCCGCAUGGCGCUGCCCCUCAUGCUGGCCACGCUGGUGCUGGGCUUCGUGACAGUGUUAGUGAACCUGGGCGUCAUCAUCAAGACUGUCAAGAUACUGCGUCAGGGCCACGAUAAGCCAGCGUUCUUCUUCAUUGGUAACCUUGCACUUAGUGACUUUGUCGUGGGCCUGUUCGUGGUGACUGCCUUCCUGCUGCACGUCACCAAUAAGAGUGACCUGUGGCGCCAGAACACUUGUAUGCUGCAAAUUGGAGUGGCAGUGACGGCGUGCCAAGAGACUAUUUUCACUAUCGUACUCAUAUCCGUGGACAAGUACCUGUAUAUCUGCCACGGCCUGCACUAUAGCACUAUCAUGACGCGGCGGAGGGUGUACGGGGCUCUCAUAGUGUCAUGGUGCCUGUCUCUGCUCAUAGGCUCCCUUCCCGCCAUGGGCCUGCACGUCACCUGGGCAGAGGCUUGUAACAGGUGUGCCUUCGCCCAGGUAAUCUCAACCAGCUUCGCCAUCGUCUUCUUUGUCACCUCGGUCGCCGUGCCCCUGGGAGUAGUGGUGGGCCUGUACAGCGUGCUCCUGGUUCUGGCCCUCAGGAUGCAGAAGGCGCGGUACGGGGGAUCCUACACAGCCAGCGAGGCAGCGAGAAGCACAAAUUUCCGCUUAUCCUUCAUGUCAUCUAGCAAAAAAUCAAGGACUUCCACCCGUACCACCACCUCCACCUUCUCCACCUCCACCUCCUCCUCCUCCAAGUCUAAACGCAGGAAGGUCAGGAGGAGGGAGAUGACGAGGCACAAGGAAGAGCUGGCGAGGCGUGAUGCUGAGCGCCAGGGUGUGAAAGGGCGUGGUUGUGAGGGUACCAUGCUGAUCUCAGGGCCUGGCAGUGGAGUUCCCAAUGGCUCUGGUGUCCCUGAUGGUGUGGGAGAGGCCAAGGACGCUGCCUUUAAGUUUGGUAAGUUUGGUUCUGACGUGGUGACUGACGAGAAAAAUGGAACUGCAGGAGAGGUGGACAUGCAAAGGGAUGCUGGCCCUGGGGAACGCCUGCCAAUAUCACUGAGGAAAGCAAUGGGUUCUGGGACUGACGAGGCAAGGAAGGGCGGUAACAAUGCCACUGAAACUGAGGGCGAUGCUGACCCUGAGGAAUUCCCACCAAUAUCACUGACGAAAACAAUGAAUUCUGGAGUGACUGAGGCAAGGGAUGGCGUUACAAGUGAUACCAAAACAGAGGGAGCCCUUCACUUUGAGGAGCAACCACGGACAUUAAGGGAACCCAGGAAUUCCGAAGCCAACCAGCCAGAGAAAAAGACAAACAAAGAAACCAAAACAGAGGAGGACUUUCCCCUUGAGGAGCACCCACCGACACUCAGGAACCACCCAGUAACUCCACACAAAACCGAGAAUUCACGAGUUAACUGGGGACGGAAAGACAGCAAUGAAACACAAGAGGACUCCAACCCUGAGGAACCCCAAGGAAUACCAGAGGAACUACUAGACACGGACGAAGAAUACGAGGAAGAAGAAGAAGAAGAAGAAGAAGAGAGGAAGGGGUGGCGGUCUCUCUUCCCGUCCAAGUACAUGAACAAAGUAAUGACAGAAACAAUAGAUAAAGUAAUGUUUCUUAAAAAAUGCAGAGCUGUCAAAACCGUUCUGCUAAUUCUUGUCUCCUUUACUGCUACUUACGUUCCCUUCGUCGUGGGGACCCUGGUGUACAGCGCGGAGCAGCAGAAGCGCCCCUGCCUGCUGCACCUCCUCAACACCCUGCUGUACUGCGCCGUGGUGGCCAAUUCGCUUGUUAACCCGCUGAUUUACGCUUACGGCUACAGGGAGUUUCGUCUUCGUAGUGAAAAGUUUAAAAGUAUUUUCACUAGGAAGAAGAAGAGGUCUUUUACUUGAGCAGGACGAAGAGGAGGAGAAGGAAGAGGAGGAGGAG